CAAUUUGUCGUCUGUCAAAUCCAUUUCAUAACCUCAUUUUUGAUAACAAACCAAUUCAAGAUAAGAAAUCCGUGUGUGUGUGUCCUAGUAGUAAAUCAAUGGCCUCAUCCACGUCUAGCACAAGUUCAUCGCUCCAAAAGUGGCAAAUAGCACUUGGUAUUGGGGCCGUAAGUGCCCUCGGUCUCAGCUACUGGUACUUAAAAACCGGUCGUAAGCCCCAAUUGAAAGACACCAGUGACACUAUAUCAAUCGAUGAAACAAUCAAAGAGCCCCCUAAAGACCCCACUCCUUUCGAGCAAGCCCAACAGUAUAAAACAUCCGGAAAUGAGAUGUUCAAAAAAGGUAAAUUCGACGAAGCCAUCCACUUGUAUAACAAAGCCAUUGAGGCAUGUCCCGAAGAAUUCAAAAUCGAACUAGCGACGUAUUACCAAAAUCGAGCAGCGGCUUAUGAAAAUCUGAAAAAAUGGAGCAGCGUAAUCGCCGAUUGUACAAAAGCAAUUGAACUCAAUUCGAAAUAUGAGAAAGCGUUGAUGCGGAGAGCCAAGGCUGAAGAGAUUGUUAAAGACUGGGAGAAUUGUUUGGAUGAUGUGACAUGUGUGUGUCUUUUGCAACAAUUCCAAAAUCAGACAGCCCUCUUAAUGGCUGAUCGAGUGUUGAAAGAGUUGGGUAAAAAACAUGCACAGGAAGCCAUGCAAAAUCGUACACCAAUCAUACCAUCGAAAACCUUCAUCAAGACUUACUUCUCCUCGUUUUCGGAAGAUUCAGUUUACCAGAAAUUGACCGAAGUGGGGGAUCCCCUAGGUCAAGGCGAACUUUGUGGUUUCCUCAAAGCGAAAUUGGCUUUCGCUACGGAAAAAUACGAAGAAAUUAUCCCAGCUUGUACCGAAGAAAUCAACUCGAGUGAAGCAGAAUCUCCAUUUAAAAUCGAAGCUUUAUCACUUCGAGCUUCGUUUUAUUUCCUCACUGGGAGUCUAAAUCAAGCACUUGAAGACUUGACCACAAUUAUUGCAACCGAUUGUGAUGUUAAAAUCAAAGUUAAUUCACUAAUUAAACGAGCAUCGAUUUACAUGCAAAAUGAGAAACUCACUGAAUGUCUUGAAGAUUUUGAUAAGGCGGCUGAAAUAGGGCCUGAAAUUUCCGAUGUUUUUCAUCAUCGUGGUCAAGUCAAACUUUUGAUGGAGAAAACGAAUGAGGCGAUUUUGGAUUUUAAGAAAGCUGUCGAUUUGAAUCCGAAUUUUUCGGUGGCUUUUGUACAAAAAUGCUACUCGGAUUAUCGUCAUGCAAUGCAAGUGCAAGAUGUGCAACUUUUGAUGCAAAGUUUGGCCAAUUUCAAAAAAGGAAUUGAGAAAUUUCCCACUUGUGUUGAGACUUAUGUUUUGUAUGCUCAAGUUUUGACCGAGAAACAGGACUAUGAAGAAGCUGAUAAAUUGUAUGGAAAAGCACUCGAAAUUGAUCCGAAUAAUGCCUCAAUUUACGUACAUAGAGGCCUUUUGAUGUUGCAAUGGAAAGGUGAGAUUGAACAAGCUGUGGAAAUGAUGAAAGAAGGGAUCAAAAUCGAUGAUAAAUGCGAAUUUGCUUAUGAAACUUUAGGGACAGUUGAAGUUCAAAGAGGAAAUCUAGUCGUUGCGAUCGAUUUAUUCAACAAAGCUAUAGCUUUAGCACGAUCUGAAAUGGAACUAACUCAUUUAUUCUCACUUAGAGAUGCGGCAACGUCGCAAUUAAAAGUCACAACACGGCUAGGGAUUGAUACACAAUAUAUGGUUAACAAAUAAUGGACCCAAGAUCUUGUUAGUUGUUUUAUUCAAUUGUAUCCUCAAAUUUUUUAGUGUAAAUACGGCAUUCCAACCGAAAUUUUAGUGUAUUAAUAACAAACUGGUGCUUAAUAAACCAUUUCUAC